UUCUCUUUGGGGAGUUCACACUUCAACUGAUCUGCCAAGAUGAUGGACAUGUCAGAAUUCGGGGAAGCUGCACCCUUCCUCCGAAAAAGUGAUAAGGAGAUUAUGGUGUUGCAGACUGUGGCCUUUGAUGGGAAGAAGAAAUGCUGGAUUCCAAAUGAUAAAGUAGCGUACGUUGAAGCCGAGAUAAAAGAAGCUGUCGAUGGCAAAGUCACUGUCGAGAUUGCAGAUGGGAAGACAGUAACUGUGAAGGAAGACGAUGUUCAACAGAUGAAUCCUCCAAAGUUUGACAUGAUUGAAGACAUGGCUAUGCUGACCCACCUCAAUGAGGCCUCUGUGCUCCAUAAUCUGAACCGACGCUAUACAAACUGGAUGAUCUAUACUUACUCAGGUCUCUUCUGUGUGACAAUAAAUCCUUACAAGUGGCUGCCCGUCUACAAAUCAGAAGUCGUUGCUGCUUAUAAGGGCAAAAGACGCUCAGAAGCUCCCCCUCACAUCUUCUCCAUUGCAGAUAAUGCAUACCAUGACAUGUUGCGGAAUCGGGAGAACCAGUCCAUGCUGAUCACUGGAGAAUCUGGUGCCGGCAAGACUGUGAACACGAAACGUGUCAUUCAGUACUUUGCUACAGUAGCAGCACUUGGUGAACCUGGAAAAAAGAAUCAACCAGCCACCAAGACUGGGGGAACCUUGGAAGAUCAAAUCAUCCAAGCUAACCCAGCCCUUGAAGCCUUUGGGAAUGCCAAAACCUUGAGAAAUGACAACUCCUCACGCUUUGGCAAAUUUAUCAGAAUUCAUUUUGGAACCACGGGCAAGUUAUCCUCUGCUGAUAUUGAAAUCUAUCUCUUAGAGAAAUCCCGAGUUAUUUUCCAGCAACCUGGUGAAAGAGACUACCACAUUUUCUACCAGAUCUUGUCAGGAAAGAAAGCCGAAUUACAGGAUAUGCUAUUGGUUUCAACAAAUCCAUAUGACUUCCACUUCUGCUCGCAAGGUGUGGUUACAGUAGACAAUUUAGACGAUGGGGAAGAGCUAAUGGCGACCGAUCAAGCCAUGGAUAUUUUGGGCUUUGUUCCGGAUGAAAAAUAUGGUGCCUACAAGCUCACAGGUGCCAUUAUGCACUUUGGAAACAUGAAAUUUAAACAGAGACCCAGGGAGGAGCAAGCUGAGGCUGAUGGCACUGAAAGUGCUGACAAAGCCGCUUACUUGAUGGGUAUUAAUUCUUCUGACAUGAUAAAAGGCUUGGUACAUCCUAGAGUGAAAGUUGGGAAUGAGUACGUCACCAAGGGUCAAAGUGUUGAACAGGUUACUUACUCUGUUGGUGCCUUAUCCAAGGCAAUAUAUGAUAGAAUGUUCAAAUGGCUGGUUACCCGCAUCAACAAAACCUUGGAUACUAAAUUGCCAAGGCAGUUCUUCAUUGGUGUAUUGGACAUUGCUGGCUUUGAGAUCUUCGAUUAUAAUAGCUUCGAGCAACUUUGCAUCAAUUUCACAAAUGAAAAACUGCAACAGUUUUUCAAUCAUCACAUGUUUGUCUUGGAGCAAGAAGAGUACAAAAAAGAAGGCAUUGAUUGGGUGUUCAUUGACUUUGGACUGGAUUUGCAGGCCUGCAUUGAUUUAAUAGAAAAGCCCUUGGGCAUCUUGUCGAUCCUUGAAGAGGAGUGCAUGUUCCCCAAAGCUACAGAUAUGACUUUCAAAGCCAAGCUCUAUGACAACCACCUUGGCAAGUCACCCAACCUACAGAAGCCUAGGCUUGACAAGAAAAGGAAAUAUGAAGCACAUUUUGAACUCCUGCACUAUGCCGGAGCGGUACCCUACAACAUCGUUGGUUGGCUUGAGAAAAACAAAGAUCCACUCAAUGAGACUGUGGUGGGCACUUUUCAAAAAUCUUCCAACAAACUUUUGGCAAGCUUGUUUGAAAAUUAUAUCAGUGCUGACAGCGUUGAUCAAAGUGGAGAGAAGAAACGCAAGAAAGGGGCUUCCUUCCAAACGGUGUCAUCAAUGCAUAAAGAAAAUUUAAACAAACUGAUGACCAAUUUAAGGUCGACAGCUCCCCACUUUGUACGCUGCAUUAUUCCCAAUGAAACAAAAAGUCCAGGUGUGAUGGAUGCUUUCCUCGUCCUUCAUCAACUUCGCUGUAACGGCGUCUUGGAAGGAAUUCGUAUUUGCCGCAAAGGUUUUCCAAACAGAGUUGUCUAUGCCGACUUUAAGCAAAGGUACCGCAUUCUGAACCCUUCUGCAAUUCCCGAGGACAAAUUUGUGGACAGCAGAAAAGCUGCUGAAAAAUUACUUGGCUCUUUAGAUAUUGAUAUCAACCAGUACCGCUUUGGGCACACAAAGGUUUUCUUUAAGGCUGGCCUCUUGGGUCAUUUGGAAGAAUUGCGAGAUGAGAGAUUGGCCAAGAUCUUAACACUUAUUCAAGCAAGAGCACGAGGCAAAUUGAUGCGUAUUGAAUUCCAGAAGAUUGUUGAAAGAAGAGAUGCGCUGCUUGUAAUCCAAUGGAAUAUUCGAGCAUUUAUGGUUGUGAAAAACUGGCCAUGGAUGAAGUUGUUUUUUAAAAUCAAGCCCCUGCUGAAAUCUGCAGAAACUGAAAAAGAGAUGGCAAAUAUGAAGGAAGAGUUCCUGAAACUGAAGGAGGCCUUGGAGAAAUCAGAAGCCAGGAGGAAGGAGCUUGAAGAAAAACAAGUUUCUCUCGUUCAAGAGAAAAACGAUCUGCUCCUUCAGCUGCAAGCAGAGCAAGAUACACUGGCAGAUGCAGAGGAAAGAUGUGACUUGCUGAUUAAAUCCAAGAUCCAGCUGGAGGCCAAAGUCAAAGAACUGACUGAACGGGUGGAAGACGAAGAGGAGAUGAACUCCGAGCUGACAUCCAAAAAGAGAAAGCUGGAAGAUGAAUGCUCUGAGCUGAAGAAAGACAUUGACGACCUUGAAAUAACGCUGGCAAAAGUCGAAAAAGAAAAACAUGCUACUGAAAAUAAGGUUAAAAAUCUGACAGAGGAAAUGGCAGCGCUUGAUGAGACUAUCAGCAAGCUUACAAAAGAAAAGAAGUCUUUGCAGGAAGCUCACCAGCAGGCCUUAGAUGACCUGCAAGCAGAGGAGGACAAAGUCAACACUCUGAGCAAAGCUAAAGUGAAACUGGAACAGCAAGUAGAUGAUCUUGAGGGCUCUCUUGAGCAAGAAAAGAAAGUGAGGAUGGAUUUGGAACGAGCCAAAAGGAAACUGGAGGGGGAUUUGAAGCUAACUCAAGAAAGCGUCAUGGAUUUGGAGAAUGACAAGCUACAACUGGAGGAAAAGUUAAAGAAGAAAGAAUUUGAAAUCAAUCAGAUGAACUCAAAGAUUGAAGAUGAACAGGCCAUAGUGAUGCAGCUCCAGAAGAAGAUAAAAGAGCUCCAGGCUCGCAUAGAAGAACUUGAAGAAGAGUUGGAAGCUGAAAGAGCUGCCCGAGCAAAAGUGGAAAAGCAGAGAUCAGAUCUGGCCCGUGAGUUGGAAGAGCUUAGUGAGCGGCUUGAAGAAGCUGGCGGUGCCACUUCAGCCCAGCUGGAGAUGAACAAGAAGCGGGAGGCAGAGUUUCUGAAACUGCGGCGGGAUCUUGAGGAAGCCACCUUGCAGUAUGAGGCAACAGCUGCCACGCUAAGGAAGAAGCAUGCAGACAGCAUGGCAGAGCUGGGGGAGCAAGUAGACAACCUGCAGAGGGUCAAACAAAAGCUGGAGAAGGAAAAAAGUGAGCUGAAGCUGGAAGUAGAUGACCUGUCAUCCAAUAUGGAGCAGCUGGUGAAAGGAAAGGCGAAUGCAGAGAAACUCUGUCGCACUUUGGAAGACCAUCUCAAUGAGGCAAAAACCAAAGUGGAUGAGAUGACCCGAGUGGCGAAUGACCUCACCACCCAGAAGGCAAAGCUGCAAUCCGAAAAUGGUGAAUUUACGAGACAGCUGGAAGAGAAAGAAUCGCUUAUAAACCAACUUUCCCGGGGGAAGUUGUCUUUCACUCAACAAAUAGAGGAACUUAAAAGGCAGCUGGAGGAAGAGACCAAGUCCAAGAAUGCUUUGGCCCAUGCUUUGCAAGCUGCUCGGCAUGAUUGUGACCUGCUGCGUGAGCAAUAUGAGGAAGAGCAGGAAGCAAAGGCUGAGCUGCAGAGAGCCCUUUCCAAGGGAAAUGCGGAAGUGGCGCAGUGGAGAACUAAAUAUGAAACAGAUGCUAUCCAAAGGACUGAAGAACUGGAAGAUGCCAAGAAAAAGUUGGCAGCUCGUCUCCAGGAGGCCGAAGAAGCCAUUGAGGCAGCUAAUGCCAAAUGCUCUUCUCUGGAAAAGACAAAACACAGGCUGCAGAAUGAGCUGGAGGACAUGAUGAUUGAUCUGGAAAAGGCCAACUCUGCAGCAGCGGCCCUUGACAAGAAGCAGCGUAAUUUUGACAGGAUUAUUGCUGAAUGGAAACAGAAGUAUGAGGAGUCCCAAGCCGAGCUUGAAGCUGCCCAGAAGGAAGCCCGAAGCCUUAGCACGGAGUUAUUUAAGUUGAAGAAUGCCUAUGAAGAAAGCCUGGACAAUCUGGAGACUCUAAAAAGAGAAAACAAGAAUCUCCAGGAGGAAAUUGCAGAUCUAACAGACCAGAUUAGUGAAGGAAACAAGAGCCUUCAUGAGAUCGAGAAGAUGAAGAAACAGGCUGAGCAAGAGAAAUCAGAAAUUCAGCUAGCCCUGGAAGAAGCCGAGGGAGCUCUGGAACAUGAAGAAAGUAAAACAUUACGUUUUCAACUGGAGCUUUCCCAAAUGAAAGCAGAUUUUGAAAGGAAACUGGCAGAAAAAGAAGAGGAAAUUGAAAACUUCAGGAGAAACCAACAGCGUACCAUAGACACAUUGCAAUCUACCCUGGAUUCGGAAGCUAAGAGCAGGAAUGAGGCCAUUCGCCUGAAGAAAAAAAUGGAAGGAGACCUCAAUGAAAUGGAAAUCCAACUUAGCCAUGCUAACCGACAUGCUUCUGAAGCAACAAAGACCACACGUAUCCUUCAGGCUCAAGUAAAGGAUCUUCAAGUACAGCUUGAUGAUGUUACUCACAUGAAUGAAGACUUCAAGGAGCAACUGGCUGUCUCUGACCGGCGGAACACUCUCCUCCAGUCUGAGCUGGAUGAGCUGCGAGCCCUCCUGGACCAGACAGAACGUGGCCGCAAACUGGCUGAGCAAGAGUUGCUGGAAGCCACAGAACGUGUCAACCUUCUCCACACUCAGAAUACAAGCUUGAUCAGUCAGAAAAAGAAGCUAGAGAGCGAUAUCUCUCAAAUGCAAAAUGAAGUUGAAGAAGCCAUUCAGGAGUGCAGGAAUGCUGAAGAAAAAGCCAAGAAAGCAAUCACUGAUGCCUCCAUGAUGGCUGAAGAACUUAAAAAAGAGCAAGAUACUAGUGCUCACCUGGAACGAAUGAAAAAGAACAUGGAGCAGACUAUUAAAGAUCUGCAAAAGAGACUGGAUGAAGCAGAGCAGAUUGCUCUCAAAGGGGGCAAGAAGCAGAUUCAAAAGCUGGAAUCCAGGGUCCGUGAGCUGGAAAAUGAACUAGAGGCAGAAGUUCGUCGUAAUUCAGAAUCUCUGAAAGGAGUCCGCAAAUAUGAGAGGCGUAUCAAAGAGCUGACUUACCAGGCAGAGGAAGACAAGAAGAACCUGGUAAGGAUGCAGGAGCUGACUGAUAAGCUGCAGCUUAAAGUGAAAAGCUAUAAGCACCAAGCAGAAGAAGCGGAAGCUCAAGCAAACCAAUACCUUGCAAAGUACAAGAAACAACAGCAUGAGUUGGAUGAUGCUGAAGAAAGAGCAGAAAUAGCAGAAUCCCAGGUUAAUAAGCUGAGGACCAAGUCAAGAGACAUAGGCAUGAAAAAGGUCCAUGAUGAGGAGUGAACGCAUUUUACCUUAAAUAGCUAGUGGCUGGAAUGGUGUUUGCAUAGAGAGCAUCCGUCUAAUGCCGGAGCAGAAGAAAACAGACACCCUGAAAAAUAAAGAUCAAAUCAAUAUUUAA